GCUUAUUCCUGCUAUAUAAUACUACAAGGAGAAAGAGAUGGAUACAUACAACAGCACGCUGCUCUUGUUGGCUGCUGCCCGUAAACGUGACUAUAUAUAUAAAUAAGCUAGUAGGGAUCGAGUCGAGAGCGAGGGUAGCUAUCUAGCAAGCUGCUGCUCAGACCAGAGCAUUCCGUCACUUUUUGGCCAUCUACAAGCAAAGCAAGGAGCACCGUCGUACUCGUACCAGUCAGUAGCUAGCUCAUCGAUCGAUCCAUCCAAGACGGACACAAGUAAUCUUGCAUUGGUCUUCCCUCCAACCUAGCUUUGGCUGCCGGCCUGGUGAUCGUCGUCUUGAAGAUGCUGGCCUGCAUCGCGUGCGUGAAAGAAGAAGGCGAUGACGCCGCGCGGUCGGCCGGCGACACCCCGACCUGCAGGGAUCCCGUCAAGUCGCUCACCUCCCAGCUCAAGGACAUGGUGCUGAAGCUGUCCGGGGGCACGCACCGGCAGGGCGCGCAGCAGAGGCGCGGCGGAUCGCCGCCGCCGAGGGGCCGGGCCACCUCCAUCUACCGCAGCGGCUACUACCGGCCGGGCGUGGUGCAGGACGACAUGGCGGUGCCCCCGGCCACUUACCUGGGCGCGUCGAGCGCGAGCUCCACCUCCACCCCGGCGUGGGACUUGGCCGGCCGCGCGGAGGGCGAGGCCAUGGCCAGGGAGUGGGUGGCGCAGGUGGAGCCGGGCGUGCAGAUCACCUUCGUGCCCCUCCCCGGCGGCGCCGGCAACGACCUCAAGCGCAUCCGGUUCAGCCGCGAGAUGUACGACAAGUGGCAGGCGCAGAAGUGGUGGGGCGAGAACAACGAGCGGAUCAUGGAGCUCUACAACGUGCGGCGCUUCAGCCGGCAGGUCCUCCCCACCCCGCCGCGCUCCGACGACGGCGAGAGGGAAUCGUUCUACUCGCAGUCCCAGGUGGGCUCCAUGGCGGGGAGCCCUGCCGCCACCCCCUCGCCGGCGCCGCUCACCCCGGACAGGAUCAGCUGGGGCGUGUUCACGCGGCCGGCGCCCCCGCCGGGCGCCGCACGGCAGCACAGCUUCCGCCCGCUCUCGCCGCCGCCGCCGUCCUCGUCCAACCCAUCGGAAUCGGAGCGGGCCUGGCAGCAGCAGCAGCGGCAGAACGGAGCAGCCGGCAAGAGCCCCGCGGCCUCAGAGGCCACCGCCACCGAGGCGGCGAGGACGACCACCUCGUCGAGGGACGACGUGUCCAUCAGCAACGCCAGCGAGCUGGAGGUGACGGAGUGGAUCAUCCAGGACGAGCCCGGCGUGUACAUCACCGUCAGGGAGCUCGCCGACGGCACCAGGGAGCUACGCCGCGUCAGGUUCAGGUCAGCCGCGAGAGGUUUGCAGAGCUGAAUGCCAAGCUGUGGUGGGAGGAGAACAAGGAGAGGAUACAGGCUCAGUACCUUUGAACCAACAAACAUUCAACAAGGAGACUGAACUUUUUGUGAUCCGUUGCUACUAGGGACACAUAUAUAAUCUGGUAUAAGUAUAUAUAUUAGAGUUUAUGUUUCGAGUUUGGAGAUGGGGGGAGGAGAUAAUUUGGAGCUGGGAAAGAUAGGAGGGGAUCAGGAAACAAGGAACUGUCCAUGCAUGUUUAGGGCACCCGGCAGCCCAGGUAACUUGUGAUUGGUGUACCGUGCUAAAGUUUUACCAAUCCCUCACUAUGCCCAAUUCUCGUUUUCAUUCUA